UAUUAAGUUUCUGACAACUGCUGGAUUUCAAUUUACUGCUAUACAAUAUCGAUAAUAUAAUAAUACAAUAAGAUCUUAUGACAACAGCAGCAAGACCGACAUUUGAACCAGCUAAGGGUGGGGAAAACGAUUUAAGUAAACUUUCUAAACAAUAUUCUAGCAGAGACUUACCUGGCCAGACUAAAAUUAAAUAUAGGCAACCUGGUCAAUCAACACAUGAAGAUGUUUCAUUAAAAGAUUUUAAAAGAGAAUUAGAAGAAAAAGAACGAAAUAUAAAAAACAAAUCCAAAGCAACUGCCACAGAUAUUGAAAUAAACUCAGCCAAAAGAUCAAAAUUGGACAAUACUCUUAAUUUAGCUAAUUUAGAUGCAGAUGACCCUAUUGAAGAGGAUGAUGACGAUAUUGAAAACAGAAGUAAUGAUGAUGAGGAGGAGGAAAUGGCUGAACUUAUGGCAGAAUUACAAAGAAUCAAGAAAGAACGAGCAUUUGAUAAUGCUAAAAAGGAAAUGGAAACAAAAGUAGAGCAAGAAAAGAUUAGAACUGAAAAUAUUUUGAGUGGAAAUCCUUUGUUGAAUACUCAAGUUACAGCACCUGGGUUCAAAGUUAAAAGAAGAUGGGAUGAUGAUGUCGUGUUUAAAAACUGUGCUAAGGGGGAUAUUACAACUAAGCCUAAACAAUUUAUUAAUGAUAUAGUUAGAUCCGAUUUUCAUAGAAGAUUUAUGGAGAAAUAUAUUCGAUAAAUAUAUCAUUUUAAAUAAAAUUGUUAAUAUUUGAAAGCUACUUUGAAAUAAUAUAAUUCUAAUAAAUAUUGUUGGGUGAUUGUGUUUUGAAUAAUAUAUUAGUUGAAAUUCGCUCUUAUUAUAUAAUUGGA